CACAUCCUGACUAUUGAAUGUGAUACCUCGCAUUAUGCGGCCGAGUACCGACUGCACGGUCGCCUAACAAAACAAAACUAGAUUCAAUUGUUGCGAACAAAAAAACCUACAAUCAAACACAAAACAGUGAACACAAUCUAAUACGUGAGUUCAAUGGGGAAAUAAUCGAAAAUGUAGCAGUGCGAUUCGUUAGGAAACAUGAAUGGAUUACUGUGGUUCAGGAUGGAAUAUCAGUUUCAGAUACUGUUUUAUACUAUUUUAUUAUUAAAGUACGUGAACACAGUUCACUAUCCUACGGAUCCAACGUCAGAGAUGAUACCUGACAAUAAAAAUGUAGUUCUAAGAAGCAACCCAGAAGAACUAAGAAGCGACGAAGAGUUUGAAUAUGGACGUGAUAGUGAUCAAGAGAAAAACAGUGUAACUGAAUCUGAAGAUAAACGGUUUUUAGACGAAGCUCUAAACGUCAUUAAUAACCCAUUUACAGUCUUAGCAAGUAAUCAAGAUACAAUAGAAAACUAUAAAGGCGCGUUAGAAAAUAUAAAACAUGAAAAUAUAACGUUAGAAGAUUUCUUUAUUCAAAUGGAUAAGUUGAGUUUGGAUGUAUGCAAAAGUUCCCAAAAGUCACUGUGGUCUUAUGUGCUAAAUACAAAUGAUGAAUUAGCUAAAGAUAACAUGUUAAGUAUUUCUGCGGAAGAAGACGACUUAAAGAUUGAAUACUGGAACCUCAUCAAGGAAAAAUACUUACAGGAGACACAAUCCAUUAAUGAUACAAAAUUAAAUAGAAAACUACGAAUGAUACAAGUCAAAGCGAUAAAUCAUGAAAUAUUAAGAAGUAAAGAUCCUAAUCGAAUUGAUGCAAUGCACCGUAUUUGGAGCCAAGCUAUAGUUUGUUCUGACGAUUCAAUUGUUUGCACGAAGGAAACUGCACGGACGUUGAAUGAUAUUAUAACAAUAUUUAAAACGAGUAAUGAUUCUGAUGAAUUGAAACACUAUUGGAAAGGAUAUAGAGAUGCCACUGGAAUGAAAAUAAGACCGAUUUUUCAAGAUUAUUUAUCAGAAGCGAAUACUGUUGCCGCCUCUGAAAAUUUUUCGGAUGCUGGUGAAAUCUGGCGAUAUACUCACGAAGAUGAUAAUUUUACUGAAACUGUCGAAAGGAUCUGGUCCGAAGUCAAACCUUUAUAUCAAACGCUACAUAAGUAUGUAAGAGCUAAAUUAAAAACGGAUUAUAAUGAUGACUUUACGAACGACGAACUAAUUCCUGCUCAUUUAUUAGGCAACUUAUGGGCUCAAGAAUGGCAAGGAAUAUUUUCAAAGGUGAUGCUGUUUCCUAACACAUCCAAACCUAUCAUUGCUAACAAUAACAAUGAGAGUAUAGAUUCGAAGGUACUAUUUGAUGUUGUCGACGAUUUCCACAUAUCUCUAGGGUUUGAGAGUACAAUAGAUAGCUACGAAGGAGUCACAGAUACCACCGACUGUAUAUCUUCUAGUCAUGACUUAUGUGAUGGAGUUCAUUAUAGAAUACGAUGGUGCGAAAAUAACGUGACCGAUCUGAUGGAGGAUUUGACGAAAGCAGGCAGGCUGAUGAGCCAUAUACAAUACUUUAAGCACUAUAGGAAUUUGGAGCUGAUCUUCCGAGAUGGUCCAACACCGGCUUUCCACAACACUUUCGCUGAUUUCUUCACAUUACAAAUAACUGCUCCACAACAUUUGAAGACUUUGAGUUUUGUUGAAAUAGAUUCUGAUAAUGAAACCUCUCUCAACCAUUUACUAUGGCUGGCCUUGCAAAAGUUACCAAUGAUUGCCUAUUCCUAUAUACUUGACAAGUGGAGAUGGGAUAUCUUCGCUAACGAUACCAUGCGAAAUUGGAAUCAACAUUGGUGGGAUUUAAGAACAAACGAAAUGGGCCUGUCACCGCCGGUGUUUCGCAACGAGAAGGACUUGGAUCCGGCCAGCAAGUACCACGUCGUUUCUCACGUCCAGUACAUUACGUAUUUCAUAUCACACGUGCUAGAAUUCCAAAUGCUGUUAUCGCUAUGCAAGAGAGCGAACCACACAGGGCCUUUGCACGAGUGCUCCAUACGCGGCAAUAAGGAAGCAGGAAAAUUAUUAAGUGAUGGAAUGUCUCUUGGAGCGAGCGAAGACUGGAGAACAGUUUUGGAAACGAUAACAGGAGAAAGAGAAUUCUCUACUGAGGGAAUAUUUAAAUUCUUCGAACCUCUCAAAGAAAUUCUUGAAGCUGAAACUGCGAAACUAGAAAAUGCUGGAAUACAAGAAAACAAAGCCUCUAUUAUAAUAGGAAUUGUAAUUGCUUGUUUAGUAGUUGUGAUACUUCUGUUGUAUUUAUUGAAGAAAACAGAUGCAAGGAAUAAAGUACUUGCCCUCUGUGGUCUAAAACAAAAUGCAUCUUUGGAUAUAGUUACUUUUGAAGCUAACGGAGCGACGAAUAAUGGCAUAACAGAAAUCAAGGGUUAAUUUGAAAUAUUGGUGGAAUUAUUUGAUAAAGUUUGAUUGUUUUAAUAAACUUUGACAUAAGUAA